AAAUAAUUGAAUGCAAAACCACCAAAAACCCAUAACUAUCCAUACCUUACUUUGGUCCACGCCCUCGCCUUCCUCUUCUCUUACACACCUGCCAGCUUUACAGAGAAACCAAGCCCAACCCAACCCAGUUCACUCACUUGACAUUACGAAUAUUUCAACAUGGCCGACACCAAGGAAGUCGUCGACUACAGUCUGAACAACCCAGACACACUCACCAAGUACAAGACUGCCGGUACCAUCUCCGAGAAGGUGCUUGCCGAGGUUUCCAAGCUUGUUGUCCCCGGCGAGAAGAUUGUCGACAUCUGCGCCAAGGGUGACAAGCUUCUUGCAGAUGAGGUCAACAAGGUCUUUGCUAAGACCAAGUUCAAGGGUUUCGCCCACCCCACAACUGUUUCUCCCGCUGCUUUCGUUACCCCGUACACUCCUCUCUCCUCCGACGAGGCCGAGGCCAAUGUCACCAUCCAGGCCGGUGAGCCCAUCAAGAUCCAGCUAGGCGCUCAAGUCGACGGUUUCGGUACCAUUGUCUGCGGAACUGUCCUUGCCCAGGAGAAGGGCAAGGAGUCCGAGGAAGUCAGCGGCCGCGAGGCAGACCUGUUCCUUGCGACUCACUACGCCAACGAAUUGCUUCUGAGACUCUUGCUCCCCCCUGGAACACUGUCAGCAGGCACAGACGAGGAGAAGGCCAAGGCCGCAAAGGAGAAGUCCCCGACGCAAAGCAAGAUCACCUCUCUCUUGGAGAAGGUCGUCAAGAGCUAUGAUUGCAACUUGGUAGAGAGCACAACCUCGUGGCUCUUUGGUCGCAACGAGAUCGAGGACAAGAAGAAGAUUGUUCUUGCGCCAAGCGAGGGCACCCGAGGUGAUGGAAUCCCCGAGAUUGGCGAGGUCUGGGGUGUCGAGAUCGGUGUCAGCCAGGGCACCGGCAAGGUCAAGAAGUUCGAGAACAGAGCCACUCUGCACCGUCUUGCCAACGAGAACGGUAUCGCCAAGAGACCGUCUUCCAAGAAGUUGAUGCACGAUGUCAAGACCAAGUUCCACAAGUUCCCCUUCAGCUUGAGGCAGCUCGAGAGCGAGCGUGACGCCAAGCUGGGCGCCAUGGAGUGCACUCGUAAUGGAUUCCUUCGCGAGUACGAGGUCGUUGGUGACAAGGAGAACGCCCCUGUCGCCCGUCUCCUGACCACCGUUGCUAUUACCAAGAACGGUAUCACCAAGCUUGGUGGUCCUCCCGCCCUGGACUUGAGCAAGUUCAAGUCGGACAAGAAGAUCACUGACGAGGAGGUCCUGAAGAUCCUUGAGCAGCCCCUGGCAAAAAACAAGGGCAAGAAGGUCAACAAGAAGAAGAAGAAGCCCGCCAAGAAGGCCGCUAAGAAGGACGGCGAGGAGAGCGAAGAUGAGAGCGACGACGAGUAGGCCACGCUCCCAGAUACUCGGGAGCAGAUGUGUAUUAACCAAAAUUUCUACAAUAUCGGCGAUCAUGGCAUCCAAAGGAAGCAAUUAUAUAUCAAGCAUUUUAAGGCUGAAAGUUUCAGGGACUAUCUCUCAGUGCGGUUGAGUCCAAAGCAACCAUG